CAGCAGCAUCUCAGCCGAGCAGCAGCGCAAAAAUGCACUGAAAUACGCAUUUUAGGACAUUUCCACCCUCGUUCGGUUUGCCAUGAGGGCGUGUGGUGGGAAUAACGGGGAUGUUCGCACCGGAUUACGUCCCUUUAUUUUGAGAGAAAUGCGGAUUGUUUUGCGCUCGAGGUGUUAACGCAGAAAAAAAAAUACAAAAAUGAAGAAGCAAUUCAAUCGGAUGCGACAGCUCGCCAACCAGACUGUUGGCAGGGCAGAAAAAACAGAGGUACUGAGUGAAGACCUGCUGCAGGUGGAGAAGCGUUUAGACCUGGUAAAGCAGGUCUCUCAUAGUACACAUAAGAAGCUGGCCGCCUGUCUGCAGGGACAACAAGGCACCGAUUUAGAAAAGAGAUCAGUCAAAUCUCCCUCGCAGAAAAAGUUGCCCCUGACGAUACUUGCUCAAUGUAUGGUGGAGGGAGCGGCUGUGUUAGGAGACGACUCUCUUCUUGGUAAGAUGCUGAAUCUCUGUGGUGAGUCAGAGGAGAAGUUGGCUCAAGAGCUGCUCGUCUUUGAGUUACAGAUUGAAAGAGAUGUUGUGGAGCCUCUGUAUGUGCUGGCUGAGGUGGAAAUUCCGAACAUUCAGAAACAGCGAAAACAUUUAGCCAAACUCGUCCUGGACAUGGAUUCUGCAAGGACACGGUGGCAACAGUCGUCCAAAUCUUCAAGUCACCCUAGUAAUGUGCAGCAGGGCGGAGCUAAGGCUGAUUCCUUUAGAGAGGAAAUGGAGGAGACGGCCAAUCGGAUGGAGAUCUGCAGGGACCAGUUAUCAGCGGACAUGUACAACUUUGUGGCCAAAGAAAUAGACUAUGCAAACUACUUUCAAACGCUCAUAGAGGUUCAGGCGGAGUAUCACAGGAAGUCUUUGGAGAUUCUGCAGAGUGUGCUGCCACAGAUCAAAGCUCACCAGGAGGCCUGGAUAGAGAAGCCAUCGUAUGGAAAGGCCCUAGAGGAACAUCUAGCCAUCAGUGGCAGGGAGAUUGCAUUUCCUAUCGAAGCGUGCGUCACCAUGCUGCUCGAAUGUGGCAUGCAGGAAGAGGGUUUAUUUCGGGUGGCCCCCUCGGCCUCCAAGCUGAAGAAACUGAAGGCAUCACUGGACUGCGGGGUCAUGGAUGUGCAGGAGUACUCGGCCGACCCACAUGCCAUCGCAGGAGCCUUGAAGUCUUAUCUUCGUGAACUUCCUGAACCUCUAAUGACCUUUGAACUCUAUGAUGAAUGGAUUCAAGCUUCAAAUAUUCAAGAUAUGGAUAAAAGACUCCAAGACCUUUUGUGUACAUGUGAGAAACUACCAGCAGAUAAUCUGAACAACUUCAGAUAUUUAGUUAAGUUCUUAGCCAAACUCACGGAGCAUCAAGACGCUAAUAAAAUGACGCCAGGUAAUAUUGCAAUAGUUCUUGGACCCAACCUGCUGUGGACACAUUCAGAAGGGAACAUGACGGAAAUGAUGACCACCAUGUCCCUGCAAAUCGUCGGCAUCAUUGAGCCGAUCAUCCAGCACGCUGACUGGUUCUUCCCUGGAGAUAUUGAGUUCAACCUGACAGGCAGCUACGGUAGCCCGGUCCACACCAACCACAACUACAACUACAGCUCCAUGCCUUCGCCCGAUAUGGACCAAUCAGAGCGCAAGCUGCAGCAUGACCAGAGCCGACGCCCACUCAGUGUUGCUACUGACAACAUGAUGCUGGAAUUCUACAAGAAGGAUGGCAUUAGGAAAAUUCAAAGUGUGGGUGUCAGAGUCAUGGACACAUCGUGGGUGAAGGGCAAAAGUUCCUCUACACUGGGCCGCAAAGCCUCAUCCACGCCUCCCAGCGCACAACCGCCCGGCUCUCCUGCGGACACCCUGAUCACUGAGCAGCCCGGUGAGCUGGCCACAUCUCCAAUCCCCACUCCCCCUCCUGGAGACAGGGGCAGCACUCUGAAGAGCAAGGAGCUCUCUCCUGUGAUUGGCCACAAGGCUGUGCAGGCGUCAGGAGCAACAGUGCCCCCUGUCAGCGGUCAGCAGAGCAACAGCCAGUCUCCCCACUCUGCCGAGCACAGCCCCCACACCUUACACAAAGCAGAUUUCUUCAGUUUGGAAAUUCCCUCCAUCAACGUCAAUCUGGACAGCCUGUUGGACGAGUUCAGGGUGCUCCCAUGUCGGAGCUCCUUUGCUGCGGUCAGCUCUCCGGAGGGGGAGUCCGUGUCCGAGGAGGAGGGCCAAAGCACCACGCUAUGA